AUGUCGCAGCCACAGUUCACGCAACCUCAGGCUCGACGGCCCGACUCUGCCUCGUCGGGCUUGGAGGCCCAUUCUCACGCCAUCGACAUCGUUACGGACCGUAUAGACCGGCCCUUCAGCACUCUCUCGGCCAUGUCGGUCGGAGCGACGACGACAAACAGCGCGAUAGGAGUCAUCCUCAGUUUCUAUACGACUCUCUCAUAUGGCGGUUCUGUGCUGCUCUUCUAUGGCUUCCUAGCCAUGGCGUUUGUCGGUCUCUGCACAGCUGUCACACUGGGCGAACUUACUGCUGCUCAUCCGGAUGUGGGCGGUCAAUACGUCUGGGCCGCCAGGAUGUCGCCUCAUGGAUGCCGUCGGUUCUUGUCCUACGUGUGCGCACUCCUCAGUUGGGGAGGAGCCGUCUGUGUCGGGGCGGCGACGUGUCUCAUUGCACCUCUGCUUGUCUUCCAGGCCGUCGCAUUCUUCGACCCCAGCUUCGAGUACAAGCCGUGGAUGGGUUUCCUCGCAUACCAGGGCGUCAACUUGAUCACCCUCAUCCCUAGCCUCUUUGAGCACCUGCUGCCCAAGGUCUCUCAAUCUCUCCUGGUAUUCACAGGAUGUAUUCUUUUGGCGCUGUUUAUUGGCUUUUUCGCAGCAGCCGACGACCGCCAGUCGGCUGAGUCAUUCUUCACCAACUUCUACAACACGUCUGGGUGGCCAGCAGGUGUGGCUGUCUUGAUUGGCAUGAACAGUCUCAACUGGUGCUUCUCGUGCCUCGACAGUGUGGUUCAUCUCUCCGAGGAGAUUCCAAACCCACGACGAAACAUCCCACGAGCAUUGAUGUGGUCCAUCGUCGUUGGAGCCGUCACUGGCGUUCUCAUCAUCUUCGCCUUCAUCAUCAACAACACCGACUACGAGACCCGGAACUCGGCGAUCCCCAUGAUCUACUACACAUUCAAGAGUAAGGGGGCUGCCAUUGCUCUUUUGGCGCUGCUCUUCGUGUCCACCAUCGGCGCCCAAUGGGGUAUUCACGUCUGGCAGUCCCGCCUGGCGUGGUCCAUUGGCAUGAACAAGGGGUUGCCCAUGCACGGCCACCUCUCCCGAGUUACUGGAGCUCCUUUCGGCACGCCGAUAUGGGCCUUGCUCUUUUCGGCAGCGGUGACGAGCGUCCUUGGUUGUCUCUACCUUGCUUCAGAGAGAGCCUUCAACUCCUUCACUGGUGCCGGGCUCCUGUUUCAAUACUUUAGCUACGUCAUCCCCGUCAUCAUGCUUCACUAUCGAGGCCGCAGUUCCUUUCCUCACGGUGACUUUUGGUUCCCUCGUUUUGGAUUUGUCGCCAAUUUCGUCAUGUGUGCCUGGGCUGUUGUCGCGCUGGUCUUUUACUGCUUUCCUUACUCCUUUCCUGUGGCGACAGCUGAGAUGAACUACGUCUCGGUUGUAGUAUGUGUUUUCCUCCUCAUCAUCUUGAUUAGCUGGUUCUCGUAUGGCCGGAAGCACUUUACCUUCCCUGAGCUGGAGGAGAUUGAGGGGAGGGAACUCCACAUGACUUCGCAUAGUGACAUGCCUAGGCCUCUACAUGUCAAGUCAUAG